GGGGAGAGGUGGGAGAGGUGGAGAGGGGAUGACUGUAGUCACACCGAGAGGAAAAGCUCGUGAAAGGAUUCCUAAACUUGGGAGCGGUCGGAUCAGCUGUGCCGCAGUUUAUUUCUUCUCCGAGUAAUUUGUGCCCAACUAUAGCGGUGCGUUCGCAGCAGGUGAAAACCAACGAGCCGCGCCCAGCAGAAAUCUGCCGAGAACAGCCAGACAUUCCCUGUUUGUCCAUCUGAACAGGUGCUGCUAAAGUCCCAGAGCAACUCCCAGGCUCCAUGGCCAGCAUCAUGACCCCUCAGGGCUGCGGCCCAGACGUGGAUUCCAUUUAUUACAAUCUGUGUAGCACUGAAGCUGCAUGGGGCAUCGUGCUGGAGGCCUUAGCGGCAGCUGGUAUCGUCUUCUCCUUCGUGCUCUUCAUCUCGCUGCUGGCCAGCCUGCCCUUCCAUAAAGACUACAACCGCAAGAGCUCGGUGGCUCUUCACGCCUUCUUCCUGAUCUGCACUGCUGGUCUCUUCUGCCUAACCUUUGCCUUCAUCGUGGGAAAGAACUUCUCCACAUGUGCUUCACGGAGGUUCCUCUUUGGGGUGCUGUUCAGCGGCUGCUUCGCCUCCCAGCUGAUGCAGUGUGUGAGGCUGAACAUCCUGGCCAGACGAAACAGCGGACCUCGAGUUUGGGUCUUGUGUCUUGGGGCGUUGGGGCUGUGGCUGGUGGAGGUGAUCAUCAACACAGAAUGGCUGAUAAUUACAAUUGUGCCUUCCAACACCACAGCUCAAACUAGCAAUGCUAUAGCCGUGCCUUGUGACAUUGCUAACGAGGACUUUGUCAUGGCGCUCAUCUACGUGAUGGUGCUGAUCCUGGCUGUGGUGGUGGCGAGUCUGACCAUCAUGAUGGGCAAACACGCACAGUGGAAGAAGGAAGGCGCUUGCAUCCUUGUGACAAGCCUCUUUUCAGUGGGUAUUUGGGUGGUGUGGAUCGUCAUGUACGUGUAUGGGAAUGGGAAAACCGGGGGUCCAACGUGGGAUGACCCAACCUUAGCCAUCGCUUUGGUAGCAAACGCCUGGGUCUUCAUUAUCAUGUACACCAUUCCUGACGUCUGCUGUCUGAACAGUGACGAUGAGAGUCAACAAGACUACACAGAAGAUCUUUACCAAAACCAAGGAGUCGGAUACGAGACGAUCCUGAAGGGACAAUCCUCCCAGAAUGUGUAUGUGGAAAAUAAGGCUUUCUCCAUGGACGAGUCUAACCAAGAUUCCAAGCCCGUGUCUCCAUACAGCGGCUACACCGGUCAGAUGCGUAACUCGGUGUACCAGCCCACUGAGCUGGCUCUCAUCAGCAAAGGAGUUGGAAAUCAGCAGCAGCUACAGCUACCAGACCCGUCCUUUGACAUCUUCAUUCCCAGAGCUUCCAUCGGCUCUGCGGCCAACAGCGGGAGCAGCACACCGUCAACAUAAAACGAGGCCGGGAACACAGCACGCACGCACAAGUGGGCAUGGUCUGCAGAGGACAUCCCAGUGGUGAACGUGCCACAGCUCGCCAGACCCCAUCAGAGUAACUUUGGUUCACAUUUUCUCGUUUAUACCUGCUGACCUUUUAUUUUCUAUUGUUUGUGGUUCCCUAAGCUGGUCCUAAGAGGAACCUUCAUCCCCAAUACAUGGAGAUGAAUGGGAGGUCAUCCCACUGAGGAACAGAUAAACCUCCCAUUGACUGAUUUAUUAUGUUCCCCUGGGUAUCAGACAGUCAAGAGCUUCAUUUGAAAGUCAAAGCUGCGGCUUUGCUACAGAACAAAGACUUGUGCAGUGGUCGACUUUUUCUGACAGGGAAGCAGAAGCUCUCUGCUGGACCCAAACACACAGAUGAAAGUCACGUUGCUGAUGCCACAGAAACUGGGAAAUGUUUCAAGUGUCUUUAACUCAACAUUAUUUUCAAUUUACACAUGAAAGCUAGAUUGCAUUCACUUAGAUUAGAAGGAUAUUUUGCACAGUUAAAUUUAAUUAUUGAAGUCAUGUUUUUGAGCCUGGGUUGUGAUUAUUGUUGAUAACCACAAAGUUAACACAUGAAAUGAAGUUUUUGAAUUAAUUUAAAUGUACAAUGCUGUCAGUGAGUCAUUGGUUUUAUGAUGCACGAAUGUACUGGAUAAAUGUAUAUAUGUAAUACUGUCUAAAGCACUGCUGUGCCAUUUAAUUAUGUUCAAUACAUGUUACACUGAAGAGACCUGCCUGCGGUUAGCCUGUUUUGCUAGCUUAUUAUUAAUCAGUAUAAUUCCUCAUAGAAGACUUUUUUCAUUUCUGAAAAAUCAGCUUUUCUGUCAGUAUUUUUUUGGAUAAAAUAAAAAAUUUCAUUUGAGCAAAAACUGAAUAUAUAUAUAUAAAAUUUUUUUUUUUUUUUAUUCUUGAAGAAAGUUUAGCAUAGAGUUGAAAGUUGUAAAUGUAACUAUAAGAACUGCUAUUGUAUGAGCAAAAUUGGCACUGCCACCAGAGAGGGGACGUUAUUUAAAUAUGUGGGUGUUAAUGACCAGAAUCUGCCAUUAUGUCUUUUACAUUUUAGCUUUCAGUUACCUUUACUAAUAGUCGUAUGCAUUCUUUGUUGUACAGUAGUCGUCCUAUAAAUGUCAUAUACCAUAAAGUGAACUCUACUCCACUGAAAUCUGUAGUGCCUGUUGUUUUGAUGGGUGUUCCCAUAUCCCUUUCACAAAAGCUCGAGCUUGAGCUGAGAGGCCAGCUGCUUUUUUUGGUUGCUUUUGCAGCUAGCAUUAACAAGUGAAUAAUCUUCAAUGAUUUAUCAUCUUAACGCAUACGUUUUCUCUCACUAACCACCUUGACCAACGUGAUGUGGAGGAAUUAUUGUGCAGGAUCAGGAACUCCUUUGGAACAUUAACCAAGAAAAUGUGUGGUUGAAUAAACGAGCCAAGUUGAAGCCGUGGAGGCUGCAUCAGCAUUAUAACAUUAGCAUAUAUGAGAAAUAAUUUAGUUGACUCAUUGCAGUAAGUUUAGCUGUUUUACUAAUACACCACCUUUAUUUUUCACUAAUAUUUUUAAUCCCUGGAUGUGGAUGCGGCACUGAUCUAUGGUGGUGAAGAGAAGGCUGAGCGUAAAAGCAACCCAUGUUUAAUUCAGUACGAUUUUAUUUACUUCGUGCCAAAUUACAGCAACAGUUACCUCGAGGAACUUUAUAUUGUAAGUUAAAGACCACCUACAUGAGCUGUAGGUAGUGACGAAAAGAAUGAGAUCGUGGAUAGUAAUGGCACAAAUUAGUUUCCUCUGAAGGGUGGCUCUCCCUUAGCUAUAGGGUGAGGAGUUUAGUCAUUUGGGAGGGAUCAGAGUAGAUCCACUACUCCUUAACAUCAAAAGAAGCCAGCUGAGAUGAUUUUUCCAUUUGACCCGGAUGCUUCCUGGACAUCUCCUAGGUGAGGUGUUCUAGGCAUGUCCUGGUAGGAAAAGUUGCCAGGAUAGGAUAUACUGGAGAUCUCUCGGAUGGCCUGAGAUCACCUUGGUGUUCACCUGGAUGAACUGCAGACACAUGCCAGAAAAUUGAUGGAUAGAUUUUUGAUUUAAAGUUUCUACAUUUUAUUGUCAUUUUUUUAUCAUCUUUGCUUGUCUUUCUAUGAAAGUCGCCACAUUCCACUAGUGUGAAGAACUGCUACAUUGAUGCAACGGUCAAAGUUCAGUAACAAUAACGGUGAGAUUUAAUGACGUGAACAAUGUGCCAGCACUAUCUACAAUAUGUUCACAGAAUAUGGGGUCAUAUGAGUAUGGGACAUUAGCACUGACUUGUUAGAGUGAUGGCAUCCCUCUUAAUGAGUAUGUUUUCUUCCUUUUGCUGCAAGCUCUACAUUUUAGCAUCAAGCCUGAAGAGUUUGAUUUGACAGUCCUAAUUACAAUGGAUGUCAACAAACUAGUGAAAUCUGUAAUUACAGUCAUUUCAGUGUGAAGUUAAUGCCUCAUUUGAAGGAAGUCUUCAGUUUACAACAGCUUCUGCAAAUUCAGUUUAAAUAUUGACACAGAAACACAAUUAAACAUGAAAGAAAGGUUUUCAGGGGAAAGUGUGUCUAACCGAGUUUAAGCAAGAGAAAGUGGACUUUACUGCCUUUAUUAUGCGGAAUUACACAGUCUGCUAGCACAGAUAGUUUCUAAUGUACAGCAAAUAAAAUUAUCUUGUAAUGUUAAUUACAUGAAUUGCUCAUAUGUACACACAGUUUCUAAGAAAAAAAGAUGAAU